AAAGGACUGGAGGGUCCUCUGUGCCAAGUUCCCCAGGGGCCCUGCCCCGAGCAGUAUAAAGGGUGGCGAGUGAGGAAGCAGCACAGCCUCUCCAGCCCAGAGAGCGACCUGCCAGCAGCCUCGAGCACAGACCCCAGCCAUGAAGACCCUGCUCCUGACCCUGGGCCUCGGCCUCAUGGCUGCCCUGCGGGCCCAGACGCUCCCUGUCUGGGAUGAGGAGACUCAGGAUGCAUCAGGCACAUGGUACAUAAAGGCUGCGGCAGCCGACGAGGAGAUUCCCUGGAAGGAGCUGGAGUCUGUGUCAGUGACCCCCAUGACCAUCAAGACCCUGGCAGGGGGUCACCUGGAAGUCAGCUUCACUGUCCAGAUGGGAGGUCAGUGUCGGGAGAUAAGCACCGUGCUGGAGAAGACAGACGAGCCGGGCAAAUACACAGCCCACGGGGGCAAGCGUGUGGUGCACAUCCUGAAGUCCCAGGUGGACGGCCACUACAUCCUGUACAUUGAGGGGGAGAUGCACGGGCAGCAGAUCCGAAUGGCAAAGCUCGUGGGCAGAGACCCCGAAGUCAACCCAGAGGCCCUGCAGGACUUUGAGAAGGUCGCAGCAGCCAGAGGCCUCAACACGCAGAGCAUCUUCAUCCCCAAGCAAAGGGAAGCCUGCUCUGCAGGGAGCGACUAGGGUGAGUGAUCAGUUUCAGGGGUCGACGGGUGGCACGUCCAGGGACACCCACCCCUGCUCCUAGGUGGCAGAGAGCCCCUGGCCCGGCAGGUGGGCUCUGCACCUGGAGCGGCCCGCCCUGGACAUUGUCUUCGGGCUCCUCUGGGAUGUCAUUCCCGGAGUGAGGCUCUGCCGCGGUGAAGGCUCCUGGGGUCGGGUUGCUGGUGGAGACCGUGCCCCUCUCCCGAAUCCCCCAGCAUGCCUGCCAGAAGGUGGGAAGUCCCUCAGCCCCUCUCUGGCCCCUCAGGGGUCAUGGCGAUGACGACUCAUGUGCCCCAUGAGUUGUUUGAAGACGUGGCAGCCGUGCCUGGGGGGCUCAGAAUGCCUGGGUCCCUCCUGCUGUGUGAUGUAGGGGAGCUGACAGGUCAGAGACUUGCCAAGCUCACCUGCCCGGGUGUGGGCGGAGCCAGAGUCCACACAGCGUCCCUGUCCUUCCCUUGCCC